AUGCAAGACUCUUAAAUAUCAGAAGUAAUCACAUAACUAGAUUGUAUUAAAAAGAAAAUUCACAAAAUUAAGACUCAUAAUGAAAAAUUUCAAAAUAACGUGAAAUUGUGUCCAUUCCCUCCAGGAUUCCGUAAUACAUCUCAAAAUCUGACUCCCAUCAUGCUUCAAAUACCCAUAACAUCAUUAAAUAACAAAGAGACCAUUUUGGAGGAACUUAUUUUAUGGGAUUUUGAAGAUGAUUAUUCAGAUGAAUAAUUAUUCAGAAAUCUCUUUACUCUAGUAACGGAUCUAUUAGAAGAAAAAUACCCUAACAGAGUGAGAAAACUUACAGCUUAAGAAACUUAAAGUAGCCAUUUUGCUAAUUAUCUUAGAAAUUAUUGAUGACUGCUUAUCUUAGAUUAAAUAGGCCAUUGAAGAUCAUAAACAAUUGAAACAUAUAUCAGAUAUAUUGGUCUUUGAAUCCUAUAUUGAUAAAAACGAUUCUAUGAUCAAUUUAUAGAUAUCAACAUCUAAAGUCAAUGAAACUAUACAAUGGGAUUUAGACAAUGCUUUUUAAUAGUACUUAUUUAAUAUUACCAUUUAGCAUUGAUGAAUUUGUAAAUACCUAUUGCUAUGAAAAUAAAUUAGGUUAAGAAAAUAUUGUUUAAAUUGGAAAUUAAAUUAGAGAAUAAAUAUAAAAAGCAUUUGAAAAAAGGUAUAACUUAAUAUCAAAUUUAAUUUUGGAGGAUAGAUAAGGUAAAAAUAUUUAUUAAUAAUUUAGAUUUUAAGUAGAAAUUGCUUUCUCUCUUGGAUUACCCCUCUUUUGAACCAUAUUAGUCUAUUAAAGAAACCCCAACUAAUAAUGAGUUGAAUGCUUUCUUUAAGAAAAACCUUGAUUUGUUACCCUCUGAAUUACAAAUACUAUACGGGCAAAGGCCUAUAUAAAAACAAUUGUAUGAUUUUCUUUAAUAUCUCUAUAGGAACGAUAUGUAUGUUGAUUAAGAAGAUACUAAAAAGUUUGAAAAAGAGCUUAAUUAGAAAUCAAAAUACUUUGAUAAAACUAUAGUUUAGGAUUUGCUCAAUAGAACUAAAUAAACUUGA